CCGGAAUCACCUGCAUCAACUCCGACAAUCGCAAAACGACACGCGUUAUAGCAGGAAAGAACGCGGGAAGGCCGUUGCACCUAUCAACAAGUCAGCUGCCUACUGAGAGCCCCGUGGGCUCGAACUUUCAAUCCAAAACGACGGAUUGUCAGUGCUUGCCCAUUUUUCGCAUAUGGCACCUCCGGCUUGAGAUGAAAAGUAUUGUCUCAGCCCCGAAGCUCUUGGACCUACCAUUUUACCAUGGCUCGCUCAAGCCAUUCUUACGGCCCUACCUGCCGUCUCGCUCCAAAUGUCGACUCUAGCAGUAAGGGGGAUGAUAGCCAGCCACCUGUUUGGAUACAGUUCUUUUACGCAUCAGCUCUACCAAUCGACGAUCCGCUAUCUGUUGUCCCCACCCCUAGCAGCGACCCGAGAUCAGCAAAACAUGCACCGCGACCCUUCUCACCAUGCGAUAAUAAUGCCCUCGAAGAAGCUUGGCUUGCCUUUGGCCCAGCUCGACUCAAAACCGGACAUCGAACAUCUAGCAUAAGUCCGAAAAAACCUCUAGUCAAAGUUACUGCCAAUGCAGCGAAUGGAAAUAGAGGAAGUGGGGUUAUAAUUGAGGAUGAAGGCACAAAUAAAGGGCAUUCGCAGCCGCACGACGAAGACCACAAAGACCGCAAGGCGGCGAUAAAAAGUCAGAGCUCCUCCAGUUUAACUGAUGAUCAAACCACCGGGGAUGCUGGAGCGACAUCGUUAGGGCUCUCUGAAGCUGGCACCACGGGCUUUCCAUUCCAAAGGGCGCCUGAACGUUCAGAAAACGUCCGGCCACUAGCUGCAGAAGUGUCUCCAAAGUCACCAUCUUCACCUGCCACAUUUAUGCCCCUAGAAGAAGACAGUAGCCACCGCGAAAACGAACAGCUGGAAUCAACUGCGCCCUGCGACGAUGCACAACUUGAGGAAGCUAACGCUUCUCGCUGCGAAUCAAAAGAAUCUACGAAGGAGACUGCCAGCAUACCUGUUGGAAUAUCUCGAUUGCAUCUCGUGCAACUGCCAAAUCUCCAAAUGAAACCUAUAUAUUGGUCGCCCGUGCACGACGUUGCUGCAGUUUCCCGCGGAACAUGGUUUUAUCGAGAUACUAUGUAUCCCGUGGAAAGCGCCGUUGCCAAUCAAUUAGAAACGGGGUAUCGGGAACUGCGUCCAUGGUCUCGGACAUGGAGCGAUGAGCUCGCGAGUGCGCUUGCUCUUGGUGCAGAUGGCGAGGAAAAGAUAUCACAUCGAUUAUGGCCGAGUGGCGAGGAGCCUUCUGAGGAAGCCCGAUCUCAUUCCGCUGUAUCCCUGAACAAUCCUCGGUUCGCUGCUAUGUGCUUCAACGGAGAAGUUGCCGCUGAAGGGGAUGCCUAUCUUAUCGAAUCCGACGAAAACAGUCCUGCGAAAGUGAACACUCCACGUCGUUACCCAAACUCGCAUGUUAUUUACAAGGAUUCGCGAAAUGCGUAUAUUUUGAAGACUAGCCUUCAACCAUCUGCCUAUUACGGACGGAAACCGCUUUCUAAGAUUAGGAAAGGUAUUACUGUUGGGCUACACGUUGUCCGUGGAUUUGAUUGGCCAUUAUGGGAGAAGCUGCACCCUAACCACAAAUCAGCUGUAGCUUCUAUGGCAGAAGAUGCAGCCCCGGCUUCUGGGACUGAAAAUCGAUGUCAGAGAGCUGUCUGUGAAGCUUGUGCAGCACAACCCGAGAGACCGGCAGUUACAGACCUUGUUCUUGUUAUACAUGGAAUUGGUCAGAAACUGUCUGAGAGAGUCGAGAGUUUCCAUUUCACACACGCAAUCAACUCAUUUAGGCGGUCUAUCAACGUAGAAUUAGCUAAUGAGGGCGUCCAAACGGUGCUCCGACCCGGUCUGGGCGGAAUCAUGGUUUUGCCUGUCAACUGGCGCUCCAAUCUCUCAUUUGAAGAAGGUGGCCCUAUGAAGGCUUCGGAUAAGGGCAGGGAGUCCCUCCACACCAAAUUUUCCUUGAAGGAUAUCACCCCGGAUACUAUACCAACAAUUCGGAACCUUAUCUCAGAUGUCAUGCUCGAUAUACCUUUCUAUAUGUCACAUCAUAAGCCCAAGAUGAUCGAAGCGCUUGUUUACGAAGCCAACCGCGUGUACCGGCUAUGGUGCGAGAACAACGAGGGGUUUCACCAAAAUGGCCGUGUCCACAUCAUUGCCCAUUCUCUGGGUAGUGCGAUGGCCUUAGACGUGUUAUCGAGGCAACCUACUGUUCCGCCGGAGGUUAUUCCAGGCGAUGGGUCUUCAGUGUCGAAACAUUUUGACUUCGACACCAAGAACUUGUUUUUUGUAGGUAGCCCGGCCGGGUUCUUUUUACUGCUGGAGAGAGGGAAACUCGUGCCAAGGAAGGGAAGGAACAAGCCUGGCGCGGGCUCUGAUGGCCAGGACGAAAGCAUUACCAGCGAUGCUGACAAUUAUGGUUGUCCGGCGGUGGACAACCUGUAUAACGUUAUGCAUUGCAAUGACCCCAUCACAUAUCGCCUUAACGCCACCAUCGAUCCAGCGUAUGCACUGUCUCUCAAGAACGCCCGAGUCCCCUACGCCACGGCGGGUUUCUUUGGAUCCAUUGGCAAUACGAUGAAGAGCCUCAUUCCAGGUGCAACUUCAGCACCCGACCUGGGCGUCGGACAGGUCGCAAAGCCAGCUAUCCCCCGGCUCCCGUCGCAGCUGGAAAUGGAAGUCCACGACUUCACGCGCGAAGAGAUUGCUGAGAAGAAAUUUUUUCUACUCAACGACAACGGGCAGGUCGAUUACUUCCUGAGCUCUGGCGGCGGCCCGCUCGAGAUCCAGUACCUGAACAUGCUGAGCGCCCAUAGUUCGUACUGGAGUAGUCCGGACUUCAUCAGGAUGCUGGUUACCGAAGUAGGCCGAAAACCCGGGAAACUGAAUACGCUACCUAAUAUGAGGGCCGCGAAGAAGACGCAGAAGACACAAAAGUGAAUGGCCCAGGGGGGUCCGAGAGUAGAUUGGUUGGAAAAGUAGGCGAUUGGUAACGGAGUUUGGAGCAUGGAGUACCAGGGGGAGAUAAAUAAUAUAUUUGCAUGGAGAAAUAGAGACGUGCAUUUAGUCUCAGACCGUCCAUAACUACAGUAUGCCUCACAAUAUAGGGC